AUGCCGCGUCACAGGAUCGCGUUCGGGAACAACAAGGGCGGAAGCGGGAAGACGUUCAUGGCGUUUCAAGUCGCGUGCGAGGCGGCGAGGGCGAGACCGGAGUCGAGCGUGGUCGUGAUCGACUUCAGUUUAUACUCGGAUCUCUCGGCGCUCAUGCUCGGGGGGAGCGCUCGGGAAGGGAUCGGGGCGCCCAUGCGUGGGUUGCAGACGUGCGUGGACGCGACGGAUGAGGAUUUAAGGGCGGAGGGGUUGGUGCGCGCGCUCGAGCGCGCGGCGCAGGCGCGGGAGGCGAAGGGACGCGGCGGCGGUAGCAGCGGCGGUGGUCAACCGCGCGGGAGCGUCUUCGGCACUUGGUUCGCCCGUGGGGGGAAAGUGAGCGAGCCGGAAACGGAGGUGAACAUUCUGGAGUUUGCAAUUCGUCCGAAUGAGUUUAAUCCGGAGAUUCCGAAGAAUGUGUACCUAGUUGCGGGCGCGGGGACUUGCAGUUGGGGAGAGGAGACAACAGCGAUGACGGAUGCAAACGAUGUUCAACUCUGGGCACGCACGGGAGACGAGUGGAUUGGAGCUGGAAAGGUGUUCUCCGACGCGGUGGACGCGCUUCCAAAGGAGGUUGACGCGGUUUUCGUCGACACUGAUCACUUGUCUGCGUGCGUCUUGACCAAGCUUGCGUUCGCUGCAAUGGACGCCAUCGUGAUUCCUCUCUCGUACAACGACAUGGACUUCAACCGAUUGUUCGCGGACAUUACGAAGAACGCACUCAUCACGGACGUCUUGCGGGAGAUGCACGAGCGCGGACAGCUCCGAGCUCUGGUGAAGAAGUUUAUGUUCACGCGUGUCGGCAGUACGGCGAACACGCCGAGCGUGACAAACGGUGGCAUCUCAUCUCCUUUCACGCCAACGAAAACAUCUUCGGCGCAAAUGGACGAUAUGGCGAGACAGAUCUGGACCGUGUGCGACCAGCCGGUAUACAAAUCUCUGUUCACGGAUGUCAGCGAGCUCGAGAGCAGCGGAAAUGCCGUGCAAGCCUUCUCGCAAAAGUAUUUUGGUAUGUUCAAACUCGUUCCCGAGCUCGCGUCGCUCAUCUCCACCAUGAACGGUAUCCCUGUGUGCGGAAUGACGUCCAAAACGUACACCGCUGCGAACGGUCUGAGCGGUAGCACGGGCGCCGCCGUGCUCAAUAGCCUGAAGGCAGAAAUCUCGGCAAGUACACAGAGCAUCCUUGACGAGCGAUACAACGCCCCAAUCUCCGCAUCUUCUUAG